CAACGCCGCUGCUGUGUGGCACUGCUGCGCGCUGAGCAAGGAUGAUACACGCCUGUGUGACGCGGGCAAGAAACCUGCCGGACAUGGACCGCUGGCCAAAGGGCCCAAAGCCCGACGCAUACGCGAGGGUCCGUCUCGUCAAUGAUGACAACGAAUGCAAGACGUCUCGCGUGGACGACGACACGUCGCCCGACUGGGGCCAGCUCUGCUGCAGCCUCGAGCCUAGCCUCCCGCUCAACCAGACGACCGUCAGCUUCGUCGUCGAGGACUAUGACCUCAUCACGCACAACGAGGUGAUCGGCGAGUGCCGCCUUCCCGCCUCGCCCUUCGAGCAGGGGUGGUGCCCCCUCUCCGCCUCCUGCACCGGACCAGCCGCCGACUGCACCGGAGUCGCCCGCGGCGAGGUCUGGGUCAGCGUGGCGCUCCCCUCCACACAUCAACCGCCCGCAGCUCCACCGUCGGACUCCCCGCAAGAGCCGUCUCCGCCGCCGCCCCCGCCGCCGCUAUCGCCGCCGCUAUCGCCGCCGCUGUCGCCGCUGCUGUCGCCGCUGCUGUCGCCGCUGCUGUCGCCGCUGCCGCCGCCCUCGCCGCUGCCGCCGCCGCCCGCGCCAUCGGCAGAAUCGGCAGCGUCGCCGCCGUCUCUGCCGCAGGGAGCGCAAGGAGCGGCGCUGGAGGCAGAGAGCCUCAUUACGCGCGCCGGAGGCGGCGGCGGGAGCGGUGCUGGAGGCGGCGGGAGCGGUGCUGGAGGCGGCGGGAGCGGUGCUGGAGGCGGCGGGAGCGGCGCGGCGACGGCGGUCGGCGUCGCCCUCGGCGUCGCCCUCGCUGUAGCCGCGGCUGGGCUGCUCGUGCGGGCGCGGAAGCGGCGGUCUCGUCUCCUCCGGCUCGGGCCGCAGGUCGUCUCGCCGCUCGUCGAGCUGCACUCGCCGGCGGUAAGGUAAGGGAAGGUAAACUUCUCUCGCCGGCGGGCCGGUGAGGGGCCGAGGCAGCGGCGUGCGUGCAGUAUACUUGGGAGCAGCAUGCGUACAGUAGGGGAGGGUGUGAUGGGGGCGAUCCUUUAGUCGAGCGUUGCGUCCAUGCCGUUGCCAUGCGUUGCGUCCCCAGGGCGGCGCGACCGGCGCGCGGCGUUAUAUAGCUUCCCAAGUCGUCGAGAGUCAAGUACGUUGUGUACAGG